CCGAGGCUUCUGGGGGCUAAUAACAUUUUAGUCAAAGGAAUAAUCAAACAGGCAAAAUGUUGUAGUAAACCAAUUGGGAACUUAAAUAGCACAAUUGGUUUUUUUCUUUUUAGGGUGAAAGACACUGGUGCCAACCUUGUUAUUUGUCAAUGGGGUUUUGACGACGAAGCUAAUCAUCUUUUGUUGCAAGAGAAGCUCCCAGCUGUCCGCUGGGUUGGUGGGCCAGAGAUCGAACUUAUCGCGAUUGCCACGGGAGGUCGUAUUGUUCCACGUUUUGAGGAGCUCACCAGCGAGAAACUGGGCAAAGCCGGUAGUGUUCGCGAACUAUCUUUCGGUACAACAAAGGAACGUAUGUUGGUGAUUGAGGAUUGCGUCAACUCCAAGGCUGUUACUUGUUUCCUUCGCGGAAGCUCUCGAAUGAUCGUUGAUGAAGCCAAGCGUGCUUUGCACGAUGCGUUGUGUGUUGUGAGGAACUUGGUCCGUGAUUCUCGCGUGGUUGCUGGCGGUGGUGCGUGUGAGAUCGCUUGCACUCUGGCCGUUGCUACCGAAGCCGACAAAAUCGGAGGUUUAGAACAAUAUGCAAUGCGUGCCUUCGCGGAUGCCCUGGAAGCCAUACCAAUGGCACUGGCUGAGAAUUCCGGACUCCCACCAAUUCUUACUGUCGCGGAACUAAAAGCACGCCAGUCGGCAGAGAAAAAUCCACGACUUGGUGUUGAUUGUCUGAACGUUGGGACGAAUGAUAUGAGGCAACAAAAUGUUCUCGAAACGCUGAGUUCAAAACGGGCUCAGAUUCUUCUAGCAGUCCAAUUAUGCAAAAUGAUCUUGAAAAUUGACGACAUUCGUGUCUCUUUGGACAUGUAA